AUGGCCAAGAUUAGCACCCAAUACUCCCACCCCACCAGAACACACCCCUCGGUCAGGACCACGGACAGAGAUCUGGAUUGCAUUGAAACCGGUCUCAGCAGGACCCAUUUGCCAUGUGAGGAGACAUCGUCAGAACUGCAGGAAGGCAUUGCCAUGGAGACUAGAGGACUGGCUGAAUCCAGGCAAAGCUCCUUCACCAGCCAGGUUCCCACCAGGUUGUCACGCCUCAUCAUCUUGCUCCGUGCCUGGACCCCCAGGCAGUUACACCAGGAGGACCAGAGACCCAACUCUUUCCUGGAGCGUUUCAGCGGAGCCGAGCUCAAAGAGGUGUCCAGCCGAGAAAGCCAUGUCCAGUUCAACGUGGGCAGCCAGGAGCCGCCAGACAGAGGGAGAAGGAAGAAGCAGGACGGCGUCGUGGUGGACCCCUCCAGCAACAUGUACUACCACUGGCUGACCGCCAUCGCCGCGCCUGUCUUCUACAACUGGUGUCUGCUCGUGUGCAGGGCCUGUUUCGAUGAGCUUCAGUCCGAGCACCUGAUGCUUUGGCUGGUCCUGGACUACUCGGCAGACAUCCUCUAUGGCCUGGAUGUGCUGGUCCGAGCCCGGACAGGCUUCCUGGAGCAAGGCCUGAUGGUCACGGAUGCCAACCGGCUGUGGAAGCACUACACGAAGACCUUGCACUUCAAGCUGGACAUGUUGUCCCUGGUCCCCACAGACCUGGCUUAUUUUAAGCUGGGCAUGAACUACCCAGAACUGAGGUUCAACCGCCUACUGAAGUUGCCCCGGCUCUUCGAGUUCUUUGACCGCACAGAGACAAGGACCAACUACCCCAACAUGUUCAGGAUUGGGAACUUGGUCUUGUACAUCCUCAUCAUCAUCCACUGGAAUGCCUGCAUCUACUUUGCCAUUUCCAAGUUCAUUGGUUUCGGGACCGACUCCUGGGUCUACCCAAACAUCUCAAACCCAGAGUAUGGGCGCCUCUCCAGAAAAUACAUUUACAGUCUCUACUGGUCCACCUUGACCCUGACCACCAUUGGGGAGACCCCACCCCCCGUAAAAGACGAGGAGUAUCUCUUUGUGGUCAUCGACUUCCUGGUGGGAGUCCUGAUUUUUGCCACCAUCGUGGGCAACGUGGGCUCCAUGAUCUCAAACAUGAACGCUUCACGGGCCGAGUUCCAGGCCAAGAUCGACUCCAUCAAGCAGUACAUGCAGUUCCGCAAGGUGACCAAGGACUUGGAGACACGGGUGAUCCGCUGGUUCGACUACCUGUGGGCCAAUAAGAAGACAGUGGAUGAGAAGGAGGUGCUCAAGAGCCUCCCCGACAAGCUGAAGGCUGAGAUCGCCAUCAAUGUGCACCUGGACACCCUGAGGAAGGUCCGAAUCUUCCAGGACUGCGAGGCGGGGCUGCUGGUGGAGCUGGUGCUGAAGCUGCGUCCGGCGGUGUUCAGCCCUGGGGACUACAUCUGCAAGAAGGGGGACAUUGGGAGGGAGAUGUACAUCAUCAAGGAGGGCAAGCUGGCCGUGGUGGCCGAGGACGGCAUCACCCAGUUCGUGGUCCUCAGCGACGGGAGCUACUUUGGGGAGAUCAGCAUCCUGAACAUCAAGGGGAGCAAGUCAGGGAACCGCCGGACGGCCAACAUCAGGAGCAUCGGCUACUCGGACCUGUUCUGCCUCUCCAAGGACGACCUGAUGGAGGCACUCACCGAGUACCCCGAGGCCAAGAAGGCCCUGGAGGAGAAGGGGCGGCAGAUCCUCAUGAAGGACAACCUGAUUGACGAGGAGCUGGCCAAGGCCGGGGCAGACCCCAAGGACAUUGAGGAGAAGGUGGUGCACCUCGAGGCCUCCCUGGACGCCCUGCAGACCAGGUUCGCGCGGCUCCUGGCGGAAUACAACGCCACCCAGAUGAAGGUGAAGCAGCGGCUCAGCCAGUUGGAAAGCCAGGUGAAGACGGGCCUCCCGCCCGAGGGGGAUGCUCUGCAAACAGAGGCCAGUCAGCAGUGA